UCAAUGGUGGUGGACCAAUUUCGGUCGAUCGGAACCCCGCGCGGAAUAGACUCCAGCACAUUGUCAAUAUUGCACACGCGCGUGUUCCAUGGGCACAUUCCAGAUCGCUCAUGUAAAGGUGCGGAAGACUUGUGCAAUUGAUUUUUUCUACUGUUUUACCAAAUUAUAACCAACAAUAUGUAUCAUUUGUAAGACUAAAAGGCCGUUGUAUUCUGUUUGGCCUUUUCAUGAUGUCUAACAGGAUGGAGAACAAAGAGUUGAAGAUCCUCAAUCAGGGCACGGAAGAUGAGAUGGAGGUGUGGGGGUACCGGCCGUGCCCCUGGAAGAUGGUCUUGGUGGGGGUGGGGGCUCUGUGCUCUGGGGGGCUUCUGUUACUGCUGCUCUACUGGCUCCCUGAGUGGGGAGUCAAAGGGACCUGCACACACACGACUAUCCAAGAGGCACACACACUCCUACUCCGGUCCACGGACGAGUUCAGGCGCUGGUUUCGGAGCACGGUGCGAGUGAUGCUGUCUCCAGGAAGGAGGCCCUUUGACAACCUGGAACUCCCAAACGCUGCCCACGUCCCCAACGGUGACCGAGCCUACAGCGCCUCUCAGGAAGAGAGUCAGGAGAAAGACAUCCAUGGUCAGCAUGUCCAGAUUCGCUACUUCACCCUCCACAGCACAAAAUACUAUUGGAAUGAUCUGACACAGAAUUUUGAAGUGUAUAAAGGCUUGGAAGAUAUGAGGGUGAGCUGCUCCAGUAUCCACUCUGACCACAGCUCGGGUAUCAACAAACUGCUGCAGAACUACAGGAGAUUGUUUUUUGAGGUCAAUGAAAUUGCAGUGAGGGUACCCUCAGUGUUCAAGCUCUUAAUAAAAGAGGUGCUGAAUCCCUUCUACAUCUUCCAGCUCUUCAGUGUGAUUCUGUGGAGCUCAGAGGAGUACUACUACUAUGCAGCCGCCAUUGUCUUCAUGUCUGUCAUCUCAAUAGCCACCUCACUGUAUACCGUCAAAAAGCAAUACGUUAUGCUUCAUGACAUGGUGGCGUCCCACAGCGUCGUACGCGUCUCCGUGUGCAGAGGAAGCAAAGAGAUCGAGGAGGCCAUGUCCACAGACCUGGUCCCUGGUGAUGUCAUCGUCAUCCCAACCAAUGGGAUGAUCAUGCCGUGUGACGCCGUCCUGGUCCAAGGCACCUGCAUCGUCAACGAGAGCAUGCUCACAGGUGAGAGUGUUCCUGUCACCAAGACCAGCCUGCCCAGCUCAGGGGACGAGGGAGCCGGCAUCUACAACACAGAGGAGCAUAAGAGACACACACUCUUCUGUGGCACACACAUCAUCCAGACACGCUUCUACACCGGAGAACUGGUCAAAGCAGUGGUGGUCAGGACAGGCUUCAGCACAGAGAAGGGAAUGCUAGUACGCUCCAUCUUGUACCCCAAACCUACAGACUUCAAGCUGUACAGAGACGCCUACCUAUUCCUGCUGUGUCUGGUGGGCGUGGCUUGCAUCGGCUUUGUCUACACUGUCGUCCUGAGCAUCAUAAAUAAGGUUCCCGCCAAAACCAUUGUGGUGGAGUCUCUGGACAUCAUCACCAUCACCGUGCCCCCAGCUCUGCCAGCAGCCAUGACAGCUGGUAUAGUCUACGCCCAGCGCCGCCUGAAGAACGCCGGCAUCUUCUGCAUCAGUCCCCAGAGGAUCAACAUGUGCGGGCAGCUUAACCUGGUCUGCUUCGACAAGACGGGCACGCUCACUGAGGACGGCCUGGACCUCUGGGGGAUUCAGACUGUUGAAGAGGGCAGCUUCUCACCUCCAGAAGACGACCCUGCCAAAGAAGGCCUGGUCAAGACUGCGUUCGUGGCCGGCAUGGCCUGCUGCCACUCUCUGACCAAGAUCGAAGGAGAGCUCUCCGGAGAUCCGCUGGACCUCAAGAUGUUCAACGCCACCGGCUGGAUCCUGGAGGAGCCCACUGAGGAGGAGACUGCCCUCCACAAUCCCAUAAUGCCCACUGUGGUACGGCCGCCCAAGCAGGGCGCCCCCGGGGCCAGCCAGAGUGCCAGCCCGUCCCAGAACAUGGAGCUCUCUGAGCUGACGGCGUACGAGAUCGGCAUCGUGCGCCAGUUCCCGUUCUCCUCGGCCCUGCAGAGGAUGAGCGUGGUGGUGCGCAGGCUGGGGGAGAAGCGCAUGGACGCCUACCUCAAGGGGGCGCCAGAGGUUGUAGCCAGCCUCUGUAAACAGGACACAGUGCCGGAAAGCUUCACAGAGACUCUGGAGUCCUACACCAGACAGGGGUUUAGGGUCAUCGCCUUGGCACAUCGCCAGCUGGAGGCCAAGUUAUCCUGGCACAAAGUCCAGAGCCUGAACAGGGACCUGAUAGAGAACAACAUGGAGUUCCUGGGCCUCAUCAUCAUGCAGAACAAGCUGAAGGAGGAGACGGCCGGGGUUUUGGAGGAGCUGCGGCGAGCUAACAUCCGCAUGGUGAUGGUCACAGGUGAUAAUAUGCUGACAGCCGUGUCGGUGGCCAGAGACUGUGGGAUGAUAGCCCCUCACGAGAGGGUGAUCAUAGCGGCUGCAGCGCCCCCCAGAGACACCCAGCCUGCCAGGAUCAGCUGGCAGUACACCGACGACUGCGAGCAGCUCACCCACAAAGACAGCCAGCCGGUGGACAUCAGUCUGGAGGAACAUGCUUACAGCGAGCAGCCCAGGCAGCGCUUCCAUUUUGCCAUGAGCGGACGGUCCUUCGCUGUCAUCACCGAGUACUUCCCUGACCUGCUCCAGAAGCUGCUCCUGCACACCACAGUGUUUGCCCGCAUGGCCCCCGACCAGAAGACUCAACUGGUGGAAGUUCUACAAAGUCUGGACUAUACCGUGGGGAUGUGUGGUGAUGGUGCCAAUGACUGUGGUGCCCUGAAGAGAGCUCACAGUGGAAUCUCCCUGUCAGAGCUGGAGGCAUCGGUGGCCUCCCCCUUCACCUCCUCCACCUCCAACAUCUCCUGCGUGCCCAACCUCAUCAGGGAGGGCCGAGCAGCUCUCAUCACCUCGUUCUGUGUGUUUAAGUUCAUGGCUCUGUACAGUAUGAUCCAGUACAUUAGCGUCACCCUCCUCUACUCGGUCCUCAGCAACUUGGGAGACUUCCAGUUCCUCUUCAUCGAUGUCGCCAUCAUUCUGAUCAUUGCCUUUACAAUGAGUCUGAACCCGGCGUGGAAGGAGUUGGUGUCUCGUCGUCCUCCGUCCAGCCUGAUCUCUGGGCCGCUGCUGUUCUCGGUGCUGACCCAGAUCCUCACCUGCCUGGCCUUCCAGGUGCUGGCCUUCCUCUGGGUCCGGGGCCAGAGCUGGUACGAGGUCUGGACACCCCUCUCAGAUGCUUGUAAUGUGUCCAGCAAUAAUCUCUCCCAUGGCCCCAACAUCACGUUGCCCCAUGACCACAAGAACAUCAGGAACUACGAGAACACCACACUCUUCUAUGUCUCCUCCUUCCAGUACUUGACUGUGGCCAUCAUCUUCUCCAAGGGCAAGCCUUUCAGACAACCGAGCUACAAAAACUGGCCGUUCAUGCUGUCCUGUCUGGGUCUGUACAUCUUUCUCUGCCUCAUCAUGUUAUAUCCCGUUCCUGCCAUCGACAACUUCCUGGAGAUUGUGUGUGUUCCUCAUGCAUGGCGCAUGACAGUGGUGGUCAUUGUCAUUUUGAAUACAGCUGUGUCUUUCCUGUUGGAGACCUUGGUCCUUGACAUCAUCUUAUGGAGGCUGGUGUUCAGCCGUGACAAGCUGGGGGGCAGCCAUGACAUGGCCUCUGCCACUCGCUCACCUCAGUCGAGCAACGACCGGUGGGGCUCGGCGAUCCUCUCCUGGCUGUUUUGUCGGAAGAAGACCCCGAGAGCUCGCUACAUGCACCUGGCCCAAGAACUGCAGGACCAUCCUGACUGGCCCCCCAAGCCCUCCACACUCACCUAUGCCCCCAGCGCCCCCCACAUCUCCGUCAGCCUGUGAGGCACAGACAGUCCUUGUGCCGUAAAAUGGUAUUGUUCCUCCUACUUCAACAUACCAAGACAGGGAUCUGAUAUUUCUUUGUACAAUAUAGAACUCAAAGGUCAUCAUAUAGAAUUGUUUUUGCAUCCAUCUAGUUCCUCCCCCACUCUGAUCCAGGGUUGUAUAGUGUGAGCUGAACAUCCAAUAACCUAACUAGAAUCUUCCACACCGUGAACUAAUGCAGCGUCUCCAAAUCAGCACCUGAUCUAGAACCACAAGCAAGUGACUUAGUCCAUAAGAGUCCUUUCCGCCAGUAACACCCUACCACAUAGGGACUGUCCAGCGAGCCCCACAAGACCAGCAAGCUCCACCACUCUGACCUCUCAGCCCUCACUGAACCAUCACCGCACCUCACCCCACCGCAACUGUGACUACUGAAGCAUUCCUAGAGGGAAGCAGUUCAGCCCGCUGCUCGCCGACUGCCUUCUGAGCCAACCAGGAGCGAGAGAGGCACACAAGCACCAGAGGAAGCUGGCUCUCAUUCCUGCUGGAUCCCGUCAAUGGUAUUUACGUCUUAAGGACCCCGGGGUAUUCUACUAACUCUUCCUGACUUGUUUUGAUUGCUGCUAAUGAAAUAUCAAUAAAGAAAGGGAAGGUCUGUUGUGAUGAUAUUGACCGGGGAAGCAGUGGGAUGGAUAUCUGUCGACACACACCAGAAUGAUGCCUUUUGUAAGACUUUGUUUUUAAUUGUCAGCGGUACUACUGCAUUUGAUAUGGCCUUCCGAUGCAUUAAUAAUAUGUUGCUGUAUCUCUCAGUCAUAAUUUUUAACACUUUCUGAUUAUUGUAAUUCUUCCUGUGGAAGAUAGAGGUACAAGAGAAACCCUUGAAAAACGUGAACACUGGUGCCUUGUGUGUGUGUGUGUGUCUGUGUGUGAGUGUGUGUGUGUGAGAGAGAGAGGGAGGGAGAAAGAAAGAAUCCAGUAUUUUUCCAUGUCCUUCAUUUGAAUUAUCUUCUGUUUAAAUGCUCUGAGUAUCCAACAAAUUGACCAACACAUUAACUAUUACUGAUUCCUUAAUGUUAAUCAUAUCAUUCAACAUUGUAAUGCAUUGCAUGUGAUAGAACUGCUGCUUUUAUCAAAGGGAAUCAUUUGUAAAUGUAGAAAAUGUAUGAUUGUGUUUUGUAUUCUUUUAAAGUAACUGACCAUUAACACCCAAACUUUAUAUAACAUUUGUACACAUUACUUUGUUUAAAAUGUAUUUAUCAAUUGCUUUGUCUGGCAGGAGUUUUGGUCAAAUGAUAUGAACCUAUUUUAUAACAUGUUAUUUUAACAAAGUGUAAUACCCCCUGAACCACCAACUAAAUUAAACCUUACAUUUUUAACAUUA